AUGGCCGGGAAUAAACUCCUCGUUUAUUUACUUCGACGCGACCUCAGGGCCAUCGACAACCCCAUUCUUCACCACCUGGCCACUACUGACCAUGGUUUUACUCACCUUCUUCCCAUCUACAUCCUCCCCCCUCACCAGAUCGAAACCUCUGGAUUUAUUGUUGAGGGCCAAAAGUCUCCCUAUCCACUAGCCAAGAGCCAGGUCGGUGGUUUCUGGAGAUGUGGUCCCCUUCGAGCCAAGUUCCAAGCCGAGUGUAUCUGGGAUGUCAAGACAAACUUUGAGAACAUUGGCAGCGGCAUACUGGUUCGCAUCGGCAAGUUUGAUGAUGUCUUGAAGCAUUUGAUCAUGUCGUUGAACGAAAACAACCAAUCUGUCGAUACUGUCUGGAUGACUGAGGAGCCCUCGAAAGAAGAACUGGACGACCAGAACGCUGUCGCCUCGGUGUGCUCUGAGGAGGGCAUCAGUUUUAAGCUUUGGCAGGAUGAAAAGUAUUACAUUGAUGAUCGUGAUACUGGCCUGUCAAAAGAAUGCACUGAUCUUCCUGAUGUUUUUACGUCUUACAGGAAGACACAAGAGCCUCUUCGAGAGCGUCCUCGACCACCUCUACCACGUCCGCAGGCCGGAUCGUUGCCCUCAUUCCCUUCAUCAUGGAUCCCAUCUCAACAAGCCCCUUUUCGUAUUCCCGACAAUUAUGACGAGUUCGAGCGACUUCUACUGGAACCAGUCAAAGCUCCCAUCAUCUCUGACCCUCCCCCUUUCCCUGAAGGAGCAAAAUCCUCUCACCCGUUCAAAGGCGGCGAGAACCCUGCUUGGGACCGUCUUUACCAUCUCAUUAAGUCGGGUUCAAUGACUACUUACCAAGAGACUCGUAACGGGUUGAUUGGAAUCGACUACAGCACCAAACUCUCGGCAUACCUGGCCAUGGGUAACAUUACAGCCCGUUCAAUCCACGAUGAACUUGUCAAGUUCGAAGAUGGGCUGGAAGAGAGCUAUUCCGGUGCCAUGGGUUACGGUGAGGGUGAGAGUGAAGGAACUCGUAGUGUGCGCUUCGAGCUCCUGUGGCGCGACUACAUGCGACUUUGCACCAUGAAAUUCGGAGUCCGUCUCUUCAAGAUCGAUGGGUUUAAAGGGGCUAGCGGAAAUUACGACAAAAAGUGGCUGACAGACCAGGAAGAGGAGGCCGAGCCCGAUCAACACCCAUCCACAGAACAAGUCAAAGACAUGAUACACCGUUGGAUACGAGGAACCACGGGCAUGGGCUUAGUCGAUGCUUCGCAGAGGGAACUUUUUCACACAGGAUACACGUCGAAUCGUGCCAGACAAAAUGUCGCAUCGUACCUCGCAAAGUCGUUGGGGAUAGAUUGGAGAAUAGGGGCUGCCUACUACGAACAAAACCUCAUAGAUUAUGACACCCACAGCAACUGGGGAAACUGGAGUUACGUGUCAGGCACUGGUAAUGAUCCGCGAGGCCAAUCGAGGUCUUUUAACCAGGUAAAACAAGCAUUUGACUACGAUGGAAAUGGGGACUUUGUGCGAAUGUAUGUUCCCGAGGUCAAGAAUGUUGACCGCCUUGAGCACGUGUUCCAGAUUUGCACUUGCAGCAAAGAAGAGCUUGAAAAACACGGCCUUACGGACAAUAUCAUGGUUACUUCUCCUCUCAAGAGGAUCGAGUUCUCCGUCACGAAACCACGAGGAAACCGGAGGCCAUACCGUUGGCGAAAGCAGGGAGACCGAGGUCGAGGAGGUCGGGGAGGACGAGGAAACAGUAGCUUCAAUGGCAAUCGGCAUAAUGAGUCCUCAUCGGCCAAAGGUGGUCAAUCGUACCAUAUACAGAGUCAACCAAGGGAUUGGACUUCAGUGGGCAAUCAACAAACUUGGCGAGGAAAUAGCCAUGGACUACCUUCAGGAAGAGGUUACAUGCAAUCUUUCCGUGGGGGUUUGGAUGGUUACAACCCUCCUCGACAAUACAUGGCCGACAAUCAGGGUUACCCGCGACAUUUCAUGCCCAAUUACCAACAACACCAACAUCAACAGCAACAAUUCUAUCACCACCAACUACCUCCCCAUAUCUAG